AUGAGCGAGCGAGUGACUUCCUGCCGCCCCCUCCCAGGUGACGCCUGUGCGGCGCGGAGCGCGAGGGCCGCGGGCAGGAUGAACCGGGCCAAGCCCACCGCCGUGCGGAGGCCCAGCGCCGCGGCCAAGCCCUCAGGGCACCCUCCGCCUGGGGACUUUAUUGCCCUUGGCUCAAAGGGUCAGGCGGGCGAGUCGAAGACCGCAUCGGCCCUGCUGAAGCCGACUGCUCCGGGGCUGCUCGAGCGUAAGCGGGAGGCCUCGGCUGCUCUGCCUGGUGCCUCGCUGGCCGGCCUUGCCAAGCGCCCUAAGCUCCCCUCCACACCCCCGCUGAGUGCCCUGGGGCGCCUGGCUGAGGCCGCAGUUGCGGAGAAGCGAGCCAUCUCUCCCUCCAUUAAGGAACCGUCCGUAGUGCCAAUUGAAGUUCUGCCCACGGUGCUGCUGGACGAGGUUGAAGCUGCCGAGCUGGAGGGCAAUGACGACAGGAUCGAGGGCGUGCUGUGUGGGGCAGCAAAGCAGCUCAAGGUGACGCGGGCCAAGCCAGACAGCACCCUGUACCUGAGCCUCAUGUACCUGGCCAAGAUCAAGCCCAACAUCUUUGCCACUGAGGGCGUCAUUGAAGCUCUGUGUAGUCUUCUGCGGAGAGACGCCUCCAUCAGCUUCAAGGCCAAGGGGAACAGCCUGGUGUCCGUGCUGGCCUGCAACCUGCUUAUGGCUGCCUACGAGGAGGAUGAGAACUGGCCUGAGAUCUUUGUCAAGGUGUACAUUGAAGACUCUCUGGGGGAGCGGAUCUGGGUGGACAGCCCGCACUGCAGGACCUUCGUGGACAACAUCCAGACAGCGUUCAACACCAGGGCGCCCCCCAAGAGCAUGCUGCUGCAGGGGGAGGGGGCCCGUGGUGGGGGCGACCUCGGGGCUGGGAGCAGUCCCCACCCCUCACUCACAGAGGAGGAGGAUAGCCAGACGGAGCUGCUGAUUGCUGAGGAGAAGCUGAGCCCCGAGCAGGAGGGCCAGCUCAUGCCCAGGUACGAUGACCUCGCGGAGAGCGUGGAGGAGUACGUACUGGAUGUGCUGAGGGACCAGCUCAACCGGCGGCAGCCCAUCGAUAGCGUGUCACGCAACCUGCUGCGGCUGCUCGCCUCCACCUGUGGCUACAAGGAGGUGCGGCUGCUGGCCGUGCAGCGGCUGGAGAUGUGGCUGCAGAACCCGAAGCUGACCAGGCCAGCACAGGACCUGCUGAUGUCUGUGUGCGUGAACUGUAGCACGCACGGCCCGGAGGACACGGACGUCAUCUCCCAUCUGGUCAAGAUCCGCCUCAAGCCCAAGGUCCUUCUCAACCACUACAUGCUCUGUGUCAGGGAGCUGCUGAAUGCGCAUAAGGACAACUUGGGCACCACCAUCAAGUUCGUGAUCUUCAACGAGCUCUCCAACGCCCGUAACCCCAACAACAUGCAGGUCCUGCACACUGCGCUGCAGCACAGCUCCGAGCUGGCACCCAAGUUUCUGGCCAUGGUGUUCCAGGACCUGCUGACCAACAAGGAUGACUACCUGAGGGCGUCGCGAGCUCUGCUGCGUGAGAUUAUCAAGCAGACGAAGCAUGAGGUCAACUUCCAGGCCUUCUGUCUCGGGCUCAUGCAGGAGCGCCGGGAGCCCCAGCACCUGGACAUGGAGUUCAAGGAGCGGUUUGUGGUUCACAUCACCGAUGUGCUGGCCGUGUCCAUGAUGCUAGGUAUCACGGCUCAGGUGAAGGAGGCCGGCAUCGCCUGGGACAAAGGAGAGAAAAGGAACCUCGAGGUGCUGCGCGCCUUCCAGAACCAGAUUGCCGCGAUCCAGCGUGAUGCUGUCUGGUGGCUUCACACUGUGGUGCCUUCCAUCAGCAAGCUCGCCCCCAAGGACUACGUGCACUGCCUGCACAAGGUGCUCUUCACAGAGCAGCCCGAGACCUACUACAAAUGGGACAACUGGCCGCCUGAGAGUGACCGCAACUUCUUCCUGCGCCUGUGCUCGGAGGUGCCCAUCCUGGAGGACACACUCAUGCGUAUCCUGGUCAUCGGGCUGUCCCGUGAGCUCCCGCUCGGCCCGGCGGAUGCCAUGGAGCUUGCUGACCACCUGGUGAAGCGAGCCGCAGCCGUGCAGGCAGAUGAUGUAGAAGUGCUGAAGGUGGAGCGAAUUCAGCUGAUCGACGCCGUGCUGAACCUGUGUACCUACCACCACCCCGAGAACAUCCAGCUUCCGCCUGGGUACCAGCCCCCAAGCCUUGCCAUCUCCACGCUUUACUGGAAGGCCUGGCCUCUGCUGCUGGUGGUCGCUGCAUUCAACCCAGAGAACAUUGGCCUGGCCGCGUGGGAGGAGUACCCCACGCUGAGGAUGCUCAUGGAGAUGGUGAUGACCAAUAAUUACUCAUACCCGCCAUGUACGCUGACGGACGAGGAGACACGCACAGACAUGAUCAACCGGGAGCUGCAGAUUUCCCAGCGUGAGAAGCAGGAGAUCCUGGCCUUUGAAGGCCACCUGGCCGCUGCCUCCACCAAGCAGACCAUCACCGAGAGCAGCAGUCUGCUCCUGUCACAGCUCACUAGCCUGGACCCGCAAGGACCCCCCCGGAGGCCUCCCCCGCACAUCCUGGAUCAGGUGAAGGGCCUCAACCAGUCCCUGCGCCUUGGGCACCUCCUAUGUCGCAGCCGCAGCCCUGACUUCCUCCUCAACAUCAUCCAGCGGCAGGCCUCCUCACAGUCCAUGCCCUGGCUGGCCGACCUGGUGCAGUCCAGUGAGGGCUCCCUGGAUGUGCUGCCUGUACAGUGCCUGUGUGAGUUCCUGCUUCACGAUGCUGCAGAUGACACAGCCUCGGGGGAGGAGGAUGAUGAGGGUGAGAGCCGGGAGCAGAAAGCUAAGAAGCGGCAGAGGCAGCAGAAGCAACAGCAGCUGCUGGGCCGCCUGCAGGACCUGCUGCUGGGCCCAAAGGCAGAUGAGCAGACCACGUGUGAGGUGCUUGACUACUUCCUGCGGCGCCUGGGCUCCUCACAGGUGGCCUCCAGGGUACUGGCCAUGAAGGGUCUGUCACUGGUGCUGUCAGAGGGUGGCCUGCGGGACAGGGAGGAAAAGGACCCACCCAUGGAGGAGGACACUGGGGAGCCAGAUGCACUGCACAGCUACCAGUGGCUAUUGCGGGACCUGCCGAGGCUGCCCCUGUUUGGCAGUGUGAGGACCACCACUGCCCUGGCACUGCAGCAGGCCAUCCACAUGGAGACCGACCCCCAGACCAUCAGUGCCUACCUGGUCUACCUGUCCCAGCACACGCCUGUGGAGGAGCAGGGACCACACAGCGACCUGGCCCUGGACGUGGCCCGGCUGGUGGUGGAGCGCUCCACCAUCAUGGCACACCUCUUCUCGAAGCUGCCCUGCAGCGCCGCCUCUGAUGCUGUGCUGGGCGCCCUGCUGUCCGUCUUCUCUCGCUAUGUGCAGCGGAUGCGCAAGAGCAAGGAGGGCGAGGAGGUGUACAGCUGGUCAGAGUCUCAGGACCAGGUCUUCCUGCGCUGGACGAGUGGGGAGACGGCCACCAUGCACAUUCUUGUAGUCCACGCCAUGGUCAUCCUGCUGACGCUGGGCCCGCCCCGAGCUGGCGAUGGUGAGUUCCAUGAGCUGCUGGACAUCUGGUUUCCGGAGAAGCAGCCACUGCCCACUGCCUUCCUGGUGGACACCUCUGAGGAGGCACUGCUGCUGCCUGACUGGCUGAAGCUGCGUAUGAUCCGCUCGGAGGUCCCUCGUCUGGUGGAUGCUGCCCUGCAGGACCUGGAGCCCCAGCAGCUGCUGCUGUUCGUCCAGUCCUUCGGCAUUCCUGUGUCAAGCAUGAGCAAGCUCCUCCAGUACCUGGACCAGGCGGUGGCCCAGGACCCCCAGGCCCUGGAGCAGAACAUCAUGGACAAGAAUUACAUGGCCCACCUGGUCGAGGUCCAGCAUGAGAGAGGCGCGUCCGGAGGCCAGACCUUCCACUCUCUGCUCACUGCCUCGCUGCCACCCCGGCGAGACAGCACGGAGACACCAAAACCCAAAAGCAGUCCUGAGCAGCCUCCAGGCCAGGGCAGGAUGCGGGCUGGGUCGCAGGUCCGGGUACUCGGCCCCGAGGACGACUUGGCUGGCAUGUUUCUGCAGAUCUUCCCUCUGAGUCCUGACCCACGCUGGCCAAGCUCUAGCCUGCGUCCCCUGGGCCUCGCGCUGCAGCAGGCACUUGGCCAGGAGCUGGCCCGUGUCCGCCAGGGGAACCCUGAGGUGCCAGGCAUCACGGUGCGCCUCCUGCAGGCCAUGGCCACCCUGCUGGGCUCCCCACACGGUGGGGCCUUGGCCACAGCCAUGCACCGUAGCCAUUUCCUGUCCUGCCCGCUGAUACGCCAGCUCUACCAGUACCAGCGCUGUGUGCCCCAGGACACCGGCUUCUCCUCGCUCUUCCUCAAAGUGCUCAUGCAGUUGCUUCAGUGGCUGGAGAGUCCUGCUGUGGAGGCCGGGCCCCUCCAGGCCCAGCUCAAGCACUUCGCCACCCAGUACUCAGCCAGGCACAGGAUCAGCGACGUGCAGAGCGGCCUCCUGCGCCUGGCUGAGGCCCUAAGCUUCCACCGCGACCUGGAAGUAGUCAGCUCCACUGUGCGGGCUGUCAUCGCCACCCUGAAGUCAGGGGAACGGUGCAGCAUGGAGCCAGAGGUCAUCGGCAAAGUGCUCCGUGGCCUGGUUGAGGUGCGGUCCCCCCACCUAGAGGAGCUGCUGACGGCUCUCUUCUCAGCCAUGCCAGGGGCCGCCUGUCCAAGCCCAGCCUCUGGCCCCGUGGCCGUGGUGUGCUCCCUGUUACUACAGGAGGAAGAGCCCCCGGGCCCCGGGCCACAGGACAUAGAGGGUGGCAGCCCAGAAACCGUGCGGCUGGGACCCUCAUCAGGGCUGCUUGUGGACUGGCUGGAGAUGCUGGAUCCCGAAGUGGUCAGCAGCUGCCCUGACCUGCAGCGGAAGCUGCUGUUCUCACGGAGGAAGGGCAAAGGUCACACUGGCGCCCAGGCACCGUCCUUCCGUCCGUACCUCUUGGCCCUCUUCACACACCAGUCCAGCUGGGCCACGCUGCAUCGCUGUAUCCACGUCCUGCUGGGCAAGAGCCGAGAGCAGAGGUUCGAUGCCUCAGCAUCGUUGGACUUCCUCUGGGCUUGCAUCCACGUGCCGCGGAUCUGGCAGGGCAGGGACCAGCGCACCCCUCAGAAGCGGCGGGAGGAGCUGGUGCUGCGUGUCCAGGCCGUGGAGCUGGUCAGCCUGGUGGAGCUGAUCCUGGCCGAGGCGGAGGCCAGGAGCCAGGAAGGAGAUGCUGCCGCCUGCUCCCUCAUCCAGACUCGGCUGCCUCUGCUGCUGAGCUGCUGCCGUGGUGACGAGGACAGCAUCGGAAAAGUGACGGAACACCUGACUGGUUGCAUCCAGCAGCGGGGGGACAGCGUUCUGGGCCAGCGUUGCCGAGACCUGCUGCUGCAGCUGUACCUGCAGCGGCCUGAGCUACGGGUGCCAGCGCCUGACGUCCUGCUGCACAGCGAGGAGGCCGCCGGCAGCAGCGUCUGCAAGUUGGACGGGCUCAUCCACCGCUUCAUCACCCUCCUGGCGGACACCAGUGACUCUCGCUCCUCCGAGAGCCGAGUGGCUGACGCCAACAUGGCCUGUCGGAAGCUGGCUGUGGCCCACCCUGUCUUGCUGCUCAGACACCUGCCCAUGGUCGCAGCCCUGCUGCACGGCCGCACGCACCUGAACUUCCAGGAGUUCCGGCAGCAGAACCACUUGGCCUUCUUCCUGCACGUGCUGGGCAUCCUGCAGCUGCUGCAGCCACGCGUCUUCCAGAGCGAGCACCAGGGGGCGCUGUGGGACUGCCUGCUGUCCUUCAUCCGCCUGCUGCUGAACUACCGGAAGUCCUCCCGCCACCUGGCGCCCUUUAUCAGCAAGUUCGUGCAGUUCAUCCACACAUACAUCACCUGCAGGGCCCCAGCAGCUGUGGCCUUCUUGCAGAAGCACGCGGAACCCCUGCACGACCUGUCGUUCGACAACAGUGACCUGGUGAUGCUGAAGUCCCUCCUGGCAGGACUCAGCCUUCCUAGCCGGGACAGCAGGGCUGACCAUGGCCUGGAUGAAGAGAGCGAGGAUGAGUGCUCUGCCAGCUCCCUGCCACUGGUCAGCAUCUCCCUGUCCACCCCACUAACCGUGGCUGAUGUGGUCCCGCACAUGCAGAGGCUGUCCCGGGGCCGGACGGUUGAGGAUCUGCUGGAGGCGCUGAGCGACAUUGACGAGCUGUCCCGACGGAGGCCUGAGGUCCUGGGGUUCUUCUCGACAAGCCUGCAGCGCCUGAUGAGCUCGGCCGAGGAGUCCUGCCGCACCUUGGCCUUCAGCCUGGCACUGCGCUCCAUCCAGAACAACCCCAGCACUGCGGCUGACUUCCUGCCCACCUUCAUGUACUGCUUGGGCAGCCGGGACUUCGAGGUGGUGCAGACGGCCCUCCGGAACCUGCCCGAGUACACGCUGCUCUGCCAAGAGCACGCAGCCGUGUUGCUGCACCGGGCCUUCCUGGUGGGUAUGUAUGGCCAGGUGGACACCAGCGCCCAGAUCUCCGAGGCUUUGCGGGUCCUGCACAUGCAGGCAGUGAUGUGAGCCCAGCCUGACCAGCGCUGACUAAGGUCAGCCUAGGAGCUGUCCUGGAGCUCUCGUCCUCAAGCCCUGAGGCUGGCUGGCUGGGGGCCAGGAGCAGCACUGGCCAGCAGCUGACACUAGGGACGUCCACCAAGGCCUCGCUGCCUUCUAGGGCCCGGCCCUGCUGCAGUGCCUCUGGGUUCACGGCCAGGCGAGGAGAGGCUGGCAUGUCCUUGAGGUCAACGUCAAAUGAAACGCUCAGUUCUCUGUGUGCCGACUGUCUGCUGUCCUGUCUUGUCCCCUGCCAGCGUGCCCUAGGUCUCUUCCCUCGCCUCUCCACCGCUGAGACCAGGGAGCCGAGUGGAGUCCUGGGAGAUGGGCAGGUGUGGAGGACCCGGCCUGCUCCUCCUGCCUGCGUGGCUGUCUGCCUUUGUCACAGCAGCCGCCUCCUGUGGCGUGGCCCCUGCCUGGCCUGAGUUGUCUGUCCACAGGGUCAGCCUCACCAGGCUGUACAAGGACACAGGGCGUAUGGCCUAGUGGG